AGGUGCAUCACUCCUCGCCUUCCUGGAACACUGUCCUGUACAUGACGAUUGAUCGCCCGGUUCCUAAUGGACCGAGUGCAUCGAAAUUCCGUAACGGCGACACCUGUGUUCUUCCGUACUCAUACCUGCUGUCAGCGCCGCCUGCAGUGCUACGGGACGGCGCGGACGCGGCGAUGUCCAAGUUCUACACUAUCCCGAGCACGCCGGGCAACCUAUACCCCUUGCUGCCGAUUACGUUUCCCGACCUCGCGAUGUACCUCGCGUCCGCGCUCGACGUCUCGAGGAACGGCGUCAACGACGGCCAGAACUACCACGGACUGAAUAGGCUCGCGAAAGUGGUCGACACCUUGUAUCCCGAGGAACGCAGGAGAUUAAGCGAUGAUGACAGGGUGGGCAUGAGGCAGAAACUCAAGAACCUCGUCGGCUUCGGAUCGAAAUCCUCGAGGGACGUCAACGCGGAGACGUACGACCUGGUUACCCCAUUUGUGCCGGAUGAUUUUGGUCGAUGACAGGACUCGUUUCAUCCGGCGUGAUUUCCAAUCGUUCAGAACUCAUCAUUCUCUAUUCGUCGAGUAGGUUCAGUCACUGACAAAUGUAUGCGCUUAUAUUCGUCCGCGGUGUUGUAUCGUGGUAGCGGGCCCACGCCGAUGUACUGUCGUACAACUUCUCUGCAUACCCCGCUGUAAUUACUGUAGAAGUAAAUGUGCGAUUAUUCCGCGG